UACCGUUUUUUUCUCCUUUCGUCCUUCUUCCUGCUGGUCUAAUCGGUUUCAGUGGUGCUACACCUGCUCGUUGUUUCACACGUUUAUCCCCCUAUCACUACAGACAACAUGGACGAUUUUGACAUGCUGAACGCGCCCAGUGCUGGAAACGGUGUCGGCUCGGAGGAGGACCCCGCUGCCGCUUUCCUGGCCCAGCAGGAGAGCGAAAUUGCGGGCAUUGAAAACGACGAAGGCUUCAGCAUCUUGGACAGUGGAGAUGUCCCCUCUUCGCUAGGAGACACUAACGAUGGUGCCAUCAAUGGAGAGCUUCAUGGGGAAAGCAAUGGUCCAUCAGAUGCCUAUGCAGCAAUUUCUAAUGCAGACCGACUGCAGGCUGAACCAGAAAGUCUACGUAAGUGGAGGGAGGAGCAAAGCGAGAGGCUGGAGGAGCUAGAUGCUAACUCUCGCAAGCAGGAGACGGAAUGGAAGGAGAAGGCCAAGGUGGAGCUGGAGGAGUGGCAUGCCAGGCAGAAUGAGCAGCUGGAGAAAACCAAAACCAAUAACAGGGCAGCUGAGGAAGCCAUGAUUUCAGAUCUGGAUGAGAACAACCCAGGCACAGAGUGGGAGCGGGUGGCACGGCUCUGUGACUUUAAUCCCAAGUCCAGCAAGCAGGCUAAGGAUGUGUCCCGCAUGCGUUCGGUCCUCAUCUCCCUGAAGCAGUCCCCACUAGUCCGCUAGGCACCCAAGGCUGCUCAGGAAAUCAUUCCAUAUCAUCUUUUUCCAUGACACGUCAACAAAACCAACUAUUCAUGCCCCACACUUUGUAUUCUGAUAUCAAGGGGCACUUACACCACUUGUGUCCAUAUCUGUCAGUCAUGCACAGCCUUGUUUCCCCACCUCACAGGGUAUAGCCACUUGCUUUACCCUGAUGCAUUUCCUCCUGGCAGGGCUGUAGAGAUUAGCCCUGAUGUACCUGCUCACCAUUUUUGCCCCUAAAGAUUUUACCUUUACACCUCUUUUAUAGACCAGUCAGGACUUUGUUUCCCUUGUUGUUUAGUAAAAAUGAAAUCAAGGACAGUUAGAUCUACACAAGGUCUCAUGUUGUGUGUGACAGUCGUGCAAGGGUGGUGAGUUAGGACACUAAAAGGGAAAAGCUGACGUUUGUUUGGGCCAACAGCUACACUACAGUGCUUUACGAUGCCCCCCCCCUCCCAAAAAACCCCCAAUAUCAUUCCUAUAAUGCUGUGUCACUGUUAAGCCUCAGUCAGCCUCAUUAAUAUUUUCACCUUUGAAGGUUGAUAUUAAAUGGUUUCAUUCACAUUUCUUUCCGCAGCAUGUCCAGUACAAAGUGUUUCUUUUUCUUUUUGAUUUUGAAGGACCAAACUCUUAAGACAAAACUCCAAAUUCAGUGUGUGUACUUUGAACUGUGUCUAGAGCCUGCUUGUGGCAUAUUGUGUUAAACUAUGCAUUUCUUUUGAAAGCCUGUCCCCUCCUAGUCAGGAACUGAAGUUAAGUCAUUACAAUAAAUGUGACCUAUUUGUAUGUGUGUUUAAACCUCCACAGUGUGUGUAUGUACUUGAUGCGUGUACCUAUGUACAUAUACAGAAGGCAAUAUAUAUAUACAUUAUAUAAAACAUCUAUGUCACUGAAAUUAGACAUUUGUGGUUUUAAAGAGAACUAGAUCCUAGCCAGAUGUUGGUUGACCAUGUUUGUUCAUUGUCCAUUUGAUUUCAAUAUCAAUAAAAAGUAAAGAUGUUGUUCUGUUAUCAUUUAA